GCCGCCCGCGCCGCCUCCGCCGCCCUGCCCUACAACCUCAGCCUGGAGGUGGUGCCCGGCGCCCCCCGCCACCGCGACCCGGCCUCGCUGGCGCGCUGGCUGUGCCAGGCGCUGGUGGUGCGCGGGGUGGCCGCCGUCCUCGCCUUCCCCGCCUCCCGCCAGGAGCUCCUCCAGCUCGACUUGGCCGCCGCCUUCCUGGAGAUCCCCUUCGUCAGCCUCGUGGAGCGGGACGGAGAGGAGCCCCCCCUGCCCUUCGCAGCCCCGAAUCCGUUCCACCUGCGUCUGGAGAAGAGUGCCGACUUUGAAACCCUCCUGGACCUGCUGGCCGACGUCUUCCGCUCCAACCGUUGGCAGGAGGUCACGCUGAUCCUCUGCCGGGCCUGGGACGCCUCGGCCUUCUUGGACCUCUGGACCAGCCGCGCCGACCUCGAGCGGACGGCCAUGAUCGACCUGAGCCCCCUGGAGGAGCCCGAGGCGGCGCGCCACCUCCGCCGGCACCUGGAAGAGUUCCGGGAGCUGCCCGGGCCGGCUGUGCUUUUCGGCUGCGAUGCUCGGGCCUCCCGGCUGGUGUUCCGGACAGCCAAGGAGCUGGGGGUGACGCAGGAGUUCCACUGGGUGCUGGGCCUGCCCCAGGACGUGGAUGAGCUGCAGACGGAGGGGCUGCCCCAGGGGCUGCUGGCCUACGGGGAAGCGGACAGGCCCUCCCUGGAGCAGUACGUCCAGGACGCGGUGGAGCUGGUGGCCCGCGCCGUCUCUCAGGCCGUCUACAUCCGGCCCGACCUGGCCCUCAUCCAGAGCAUGGUGAACUGCAACGACAAGCACGCGGCCGGCAUCGAAUCCUCUGGACGCUACCUUUCCCAGUUCUUGGCCAACACGUCCUUCCGAGGCCAGACGGGCCAGGUCUUUGUUCGUAAGAUGUCUCGCAUCCACACCGAGCGCCGAUACAAGAUCUGGAGCCUGUUGCGGGAUUCGGUGGGCCAGCCCACGUGGGUGACGGUGGGCAGCUGGCAGGGGGGCGAGAUGGAGGCCGAGGAGGGCACCUGGCCGCAGCACCUGCAGCGCAAGCACCAGGCAGAGGGCACGGGGUUCUCCCGCAUGAAGCUGCGGGUGGUGACCUUGGUGGAGCACCCGUUCGUCUUCACCCGGGAGGUCGACGAAGAAGGGAACUGUCCGGCUGGGCAACUGUGCCUGGACCCUCGCACCAACAAUUCGGCGGUGCUGGACGCCCUCUUUGACGAGCUGAACUCUGAGAAUGGGUCCGUGCCCAUCGAGUACAAGAAAUGUUGCUACGGCUACUGCAUCGACCUUCUGGAGAAGUUGGCGGAGGACCUGCCCUUCGAUUUUGACCUCUACAUCGUGGGGGACGGGAAGUACGGGGCGUGGAAGAACGGCCGUUGGACUGGGCUGGUGGGAGACCUACUGAGUGGCACGGCCCACAUGGCUGUGACGUCUUUCAGCAUCAACUCAGCCCGUAGCCAAGUGAUAGACUUCACCAGCCCCUUCUUCUCCACCAGCUUGGGCAUCCUGGUGAGGAUCAGGGACACGGCGUCACCCAUCGGGGCCUUCAUGUGGCCGCUCCACUGGACCAUGUGGGUGGGCAUCUUCGUGGCGCUUCACCUGACCGCCCUCUUCCUCACCCUCUACGAGUGGAAGAGCCCUUAUGGGAUGACCCCCCAUGGCCGUAACCGCAUGAAGAUCUUCUCCUACUCCUCGGCCCUCAACCUGUGCUACGCGAUCCUCUUUGGGCGCACCGUCUCCAGCAAGACGCCCAAGUGCUGGACCGGCCGCUUCCUCAUGAACCUUUGGGCUAUCUUCUGCCUCCUGGUCCUCUCAAGCUAUACGGCCAACCUGGCUGCGGUCAUGGUGGGCGAGAAGACAUUUGAGGAGCUCUCGGGCAUUCAUGACCCCAAGCUGCACCAUCCGUCCCAGGGUUUCCGCUUCGGCACAGUCUGGGAGAGCAGCGCCGAGGAAUAUAUCAAGAAGAGUUUCCCAGACAUGCACGAGUACAUGAGACGGCACAGCGUCCCUACCACCCCUGCCGGGAUAACCAUGCUCAAGACCAACCCUCCCAAGCUGAACGCCUUCAUCAUGGACAAGUCUUUGUUGGACUACGAGGUCUCCAUUGAUUCAGACUGCAAACUGCUGACGGUGGGGAAGCCGUUUGCGAUUGAAGGCUACGGCAUCGGCCUCCCCCAGAACUCGCCUCUGACUUCCAACAUCUCCGAAUUCAUCAGCCGAUACAAGUCGGCCGGCUUCAUGGACCUGCUGCACGACAAGUGGUACAAGAUGGUACCCUGCGGGAAGCGUGUCUUUGCCGUCACGGAGACCCUACAGAUGGGGAUCUACCACUUCUCCGGGCUCUUUGUCCUGCUUUGUAUCGGUCUCUGUGGCUCGCUGCUCACCUCCUUGGGGGAGCACAUCUUUUUCCGCCUCAUCCUGCCCCGCAUCCGGCGCAAGAAGAAGUUCAACUACUGGCUCCAUACCAGCCAGAAAAUACACCGAGCUUUAAAUAUGAGUUUGGAGGAACAGAGGAUCAAGAGGCGAAAUCUGGAAAAAAAGUGCAACAUCGAGAAGAGUCAGGAAGAGCCGGAGGAGCCGCCGGCCAGCCAGCCCAGCUGGAACAACCUCCGCCGCGCCACGGUGAAGAAGGAGGACAAGCGGGUGCACUUCAACAUUGAGAAUCUGCCGGACGAGGCAUCCGAGGACGAGCGGGAGGCGCCGGUCUGGCACUGCAUGAACGGACAGGACCCCCAGCAGGCCAGCAAGGAGGCCCAGGAGAAGGAGCUGGAGGAACUGGAGGGCAGAAUCGCGGACAUGCGGGAGCAGCUCCGGGCCGCGCUGGUGCGGCAUCUGAUGCUGCCCCUGGGGCCGCCGCCCCCCAAAGCCCCCCGACUGCCCCCUGCCUUGAAGGCCCUGAUCAAGGAGAGCAAGGAAGAGAGGUGA